AUGAGUUGUUUUAAGCUCCCUGAUGCUCUGUGUGAUGACCUUGCAGGCAUGGUGAGGCAAUUUUGGUGGGGACAACAGGAAAACCAUAAUAAAUUGGCAUGGCUAAGUUGGGACAAGAUGUGUGCACCAAAAGAGGAAGGAGGUAUGGGUUUUCGAGAUUUGAAAGCUUUAAACAUUGCUUUGCUAGCUAAACAGGGGUGGAGGCUUCAGAAUUGUCCAAAUUCAUUAUUUCACCGAGUGUAUAAAGCUAAGUAUUUUCUGAAUGGUGAUUUUUUAAAUGCGUCGUUGGGGAGGCAUCCAUCAUAUUCUUGGCGUAGUAUUAUGGAAGCUCAAAAGGUUGUUCAAUUAGGAUGUCGCUGGCAGAUUGGUAAUGGAGCUUCGGUCAGCUUGUGGAGAGAUAAGUGGUUGCCCUCUCCGCCAUCACACAAGCCUGCAACUGUGCCUCAUUUCUUCCCUGAUGAUGCCUUAGUUUCUGCCCUGAUUUACCCAAAGACAGCAACUUGGAAGUCAGAUAUAAUCCAUGAGGUUUUUCUUCCUUUCGAUGCCGAAGCUAUUCUUUCUAUUCCGCUUAGUUUGUCGCUGCCUGCUGAUAGGUUGAUUUGGACCUACACUCCUUCAGGCCGGUUCACUGUGAGUAGUGCUUACCGUGUAGCUCGCCAAGCUCGGUGUGAUACUCAUCAAGGAGAAAGCUCGAACUCACAGCCCAUGGUGUCCUUUUGGCGUUGUAUCUGGAAGUUGCCGCUACCCAACAAAAUCAAAGCUUUUGCAUGGCGUGCUUGUAGGAAUAUCCUGCCCACGAAAGCCAAUUUGUUCUCUCGGAAAAUAACCCAAGAUGAUGUUUGUGAUGAGUGUGGGACUGCUGUGGAGUCCACGGCUCAUGUGCUUUGGCAUUGUGCUAAAGCUAAAGAGGUGUGGACAGCUGCGAAUAUUGAUCUUGGUUCAGACGUUGGAGCGGUGAGGGAUUUUAUUAAUCUGGUUUGGUAUGCCCUGAAUGUGAAACAGUGGUCGGUUCAGGAGUUGGCUCGGUUAUUUUCUGUGGCUUGGGGCAUUUGGUCCAAUAGAAAUGAGAUUCGAGUAGGGGGGCCUCGCAAAUCAGCUUCUGGUAUUGCUGGCUGGACGUUGGAAUUUUUGGAGGAGUUUCAAGUGGCAAAUCAUUGUAUUAAGAUCAAGAAUCCUGAGGUCGCCGUUGGAUGGGUUCUUCCUCAGCAACCGUGGCUCAAAGUCAAUGUUGACGGUGCAGUUUUUGAGAGACAACGAGCUGCGGGUGUUGGUGUUGUUAUCAGAGAUCAUCUCGGGUUGGUGCGUGCUGCACUGAGCAUGAAGAUCCACGCUCCUUUAGGCUCUUUGGAGAUUGAAGCCAAGGCGAUGGAGGAAGGUAUGCGUUUUGCUUGGGAUCAUGGUUUCAGUUCAGCUAUCUUUGAAGGUGAUUCCAUGGUGGUUCAUAACUCCCUAACCGGUUCAAUCACUUCUCCUGCCAGUAUCUGCAAUCUGAUAUCUGGCUCUGUAUAUCGAGCUACUCGGUUCAGAGAAUGUUCAUUUUCUGUUGUGCCAAGGUGUGUUUCUCCAACAACUCCUGGAUGGAACUGGAACAGCACCGACUCUCCUGGUUGCUGCACUUGGACUGGCGUCACCUGUGAUAAUUCCACUGGUUUUGGCAGAAGGGUAGUUGGCUUGGAACUUGGCAGCAAAAGACUUGUUGGGAAGAUUUGUGGAUCUUUGACAGACUUGAAUCAAUUGAGAGUUCUGAACUUCUCUCAUAAUUUCCUGGAGGGGUCCCUUCCAGAUGACUUGUUUAAUCUGCAAAACAUAGAGAUCAUAGACAUCGGCAACAAUGCUUUUGUUGGGUCCAUCAACAUCAAAGGUAUGUGUACAAUAUCUACAAAAAUUCGAGUGCUUAAUUUCUCUCAUAACUAUUUUUCUGGAGAAGUUCCAAAAGAUUUGGCUAAUUGUACUUCCCUGCAACAUCUCUCUUUUGAUGAAAAUAGUUUGUCAGGGAGUUUGCCUGAGAGUCUCUUCCAGCUAAAAAAUCUUAGUGAACUGAAUCUUCAGGGUAAUAGCAUAUCUGGGUCACUGAGUAAUGGAAUUGGUAACCUCUCUAACCUUGUUAAACUGGAUAUCUCCUCUAAUUUGUUCUCUGGAGUUAUUCCAGACUUUUUUAUGAGACUAGCAAGGCUUGAGCGAUUCUCAGCCAUGUCAAAUUUAUUCACUGGUCAUUUGCCUACUUCUUUAGUAAACUCCCCAUCACUUCAAAUGUUAUUUUUGAACAGAAACUCUCUAAGUGGUCCAAUCAACCUCAACUGUUCUGCAAUGAAAAAUCUUGUCUCCUUAGGUCUUAGUUCGAAUCUGUUCCAUGGCCCAAUACCUAAUAGUCUUUUCUCCUGCAGAGGAUUGAAAUCACUCAAUCUUGCGAACAACAAUCUUAGCGGUGAGCUCCCUAAUAACUUCAAGAAUUUGAAGUCUCUAACACACCUCGCACUUGUAAACACUAGCCUUAGUAAUAUAUUAUCAGCUCUUAGUAUUCUACAACAUUGUAGGAAUUUAAGUCUGUUGGGCCUUACAAGGAACUUUGAUGAUGAACAAAUUCCAAAUGAUGUGAGUCUGGAAUUCAAAAACCUCAACAGUCUAUUUCUUGCCAAUUGUCAACUCAGAGGUCCAAUCCCGGAAUGGUUGAGUCGUUGCCACAAGUUGCAGUUUUUGGAUUUGUCUUGGAAUCAUUUGGGUGGAAACAUACCAUCAUGGUUCGGAAAGUUUGAAUCCCUCUUUUACUUGGAUUUGUCAAAUAACUCUCUCAAAGGUGAAAUUCCAAAGAGUUUGGCUGAACUUCGGAGCCUAAUAAGUGGGAAGGUCACAAUGGAAGAGCCUGUGCCAAGCUUUGAACUUUACCCUGCUGGACUACCAAGCUUGAUUUAUAGGCAAAUUUCAAGCUGUCGACCAACUAUAGACCUGAGUUACAACAUUCUCCAAGGCCCAAUCUGGCCAGGGUUAGGAAAUUUGAGAAGGCUUCAUGUUUUGAAUCUGAAAGAGAAUAAAUUUUCAGGCCCUAUUCCAAAUAAUUUAUCAGGCAUGACAGGCUUGGAAAAACUUGAUUUGUCUCAUAACAAACUAUCAGGAGAGAUACCUCAUUCAUUGAUAGAUCUUAGCUUUCUGUCAAAUUUCAACGUAUCCUAUAAUCAGCUGUGUGGGAAAAUUCCUCAAGGAAGCCAGUUCGAUACUUUUCUGAAUACAAGCUUCGAGGGAAACAAUGGUCUUUGUUAUGCAGAGUGUACUUGCCAGUCUGAACAAAUUCCUAUUCUUUCUAUAAGGGAGAGAAAAAGGACAAUCAUUGGUCUACCAUCUAUAAUCGGAGCUGCAACAGGUUUUGUUCUUACUGUCAUAUGUUGCUUCAUGUCCGGAUUGGCACUGCCAAAGCCGCACAAAAGGAAGUACAUAAGAUUUGUUACCUCUUAAGUGACAGCGAGACCAGAUUUCCUUGUGUUCAUAUGGAAAUCGGAUAGGUACGGUAAUAUUAAUUAUUUAAUCAUACAGUCAUAUGUAGCUUCAAUUGUGGUUGGAGCUUUAAUUGUAAUAGUAAGUUACUUGUGCACAAAUAAUAUUAUAAUGUUUUAUGUUAGAUAGUUUGGAAGAAUAUUAUAUAUGUACUAGUCGUUAACCCGUGCAAUACAUGGGAAAAAUCUUGAAAAAUAGAUUUAAUCUUUCUUUUA